GCGGUUGCCGUGGCAACUGCCGUUAUGGUUGUAGAAGGCGCUCGCGAAGGGAAACUGCCUCUCCUCAUGUCCUACUCCACCAGCCCGAGGCGCGCGGGGCUGCCCCGGACGGUGCUGCGCUGGCUACAGAGCCUCGACCUCAGCUUCUCGCCUACGCAUUUCCGUAGGGAUUUUUCAAAUGGCUAUCUCAUUGCUGAGGUAUUCUCUUGGUAUUACCCAGAAGACAUUCAAAUGCGUUCCUUUGAAAAUGGCACGUCCUUACCUGUGAAACUCAGCAACUGGUCACAGCUUGGAAAGUUCUUUGCAAAAAGAAAUCUGCAUCCAAUCCGAGAGCUAAUUGAUGGAACAAUUCAUUGUAAACCAGGAGCUGCAGAAAUAUUUCUACAAGACAUUUAUACGAUGCUGACAAACAGGCGGAUAAAACAUAUUCAGGAUGAAGAGAUUGACUUUACAGACAGUAAUUAUCAGGAUAAAUUACCAUUGGUUGCGAGAUCAACUGCUUCAAGGGCUAUUAAGGCCAACAUUAAACUAACAGAAAUAAUGGUGGAGCCCAAUACAAAAAACAGGCAAAAAGUAAAUGCCAUUAUCAAUAUGCAUAUGCAGCGACGGCAACUUGAGAGGGAGCAAGUUCCAGAACGGUUUGGUAUUAAAAAAACGCUGGGGGAGCGUGCCAUUCGUCGUCCUUCCAUGGUAGUUCCUUCCUUGAGUACAGUGAAGAUUCAGAAGGAGAAAGCUAUGCCUGUGCCAAGUGUAGCAUCCACAGAAAUCAGAGGCAAAACGGGUGUUCAUUUCAAAACCGUCCAAGUGAAACAAGCUGAGAUUCCCUUUAGAUUCGAUUUAAAUUGUGGCACCUUAAACCAUCUUAAAGAAUUGUAACUAGAGAAGUUUGAGAGAGCUCUUUUUGAACAUACAGAAGUCUUAUGACCAAGUUUUGCUACCAUAUUGGAGAACAUGUGCCUUACUGCUAUGCUCAAUAAAUCAUUUGUGCUGAGGUAAAUACAAACUAGGAAGCUGGUAGUUGCACAGACAUAAGCUACAUGAAAGCAAAUUAUAAGUGCUUUUUACACUUUAUUGGAUUCUCAAAAGUGACUUCUUCUAAUGCUGGUGUAUCUAUCCUUGUAUUCAUAGUUAAUAGUGCAAGUUUAAUAAAACAUGAUUAUUAGGGCAAGCUGGGUUUAUAUUUUCAAACAUUUUUCCUAGCAUUAAAAUAAAUAAUCUAAAAUGUUUUAUUUUGGUGAAAGCUACAGUCCUUAGCAAGCAUUUGAGCAAAGUUUGGUAGAAAGCAAUGUCAUGUAUAAUUAAAUGUUAAAAUCAGCCAACCUCACUAACUAAGGAAUUUCUCCCAAUAGCAUGUUAAGUACUUAACAUAUUUUUUGCACUCUAACUUUGGUGUGUCCCCUUAGAUCACCUAGACUUCAUUCUAAUGCAAAAGUUUCCUUCUGUGUGGUCUUUCUGACUUCAGUAAUGAAAACAUUUUCUGUUUAUUGAUAUGGAUACUGAAUUUCUGUGAGCAGAAACCCUUUUCGUGGGAUACCUCUCUGGGAGGGUGUAGAGACUGCUUUUUUGAUGAGUUUGCCUCACCCUUACAGCCCCCUGAAAAGCUUCUUUAUGGAGUUUGAGAGACUCUUGAAUAAUAUGAGAGAUUGCAUGGGGACCUAUAGCAGAAAGGGGAAACUGGUUGAAAUAGCCUCCCUGCACUUUUCAGUAAGAACUUCUGUUGGAUCUGAGACCCUUCUGUCAAAAGCCUGCAUUUGCAGAAGGGCCAUUCAGUUCAACACAGUGAUAACUAAAUGUAUCUCAAAUGCAUGUGUUAUCUAUAUUAAUAAGAUAUAAUGCAUUGUGUGACCUGUUGGUGCUUCUAACUUAAGCGUUGGAACAGGACAGGCCAGAAGUAGAAAAAAGUAAAACUUAACUAUUGUUUGACAAAAUACUAUCUAUUCUUUAUAGCUUGAUGUGAAUAAGAUGAUU